AUGAAGAAACAGACCCAAGCGAGCCCCUCAUUCCUGCACCCUCUAGCUCCAGUGGCCCUUGGCGAGCUGGUGGAGAUAGCAGAUGGUGAGUGCAAAUUUCCUGAGCAGAAGCUAAACUGGUGGCAGGGCCAAGAGUCCUGUGAGCAGCAGUUUGGCCACCUGGCACUGGGUCCCCCAAACGGGCACCUUGUCUGGAUGGGCCAGAGCGUGUGCACCGUGGCCGCGCUGGUGCUCGGACAAGAGGACCCUGGACCUGGGGGCGUGGCUUCGGACGCCUGGCGCGCGCACGCGCUCUUCUCGCUCGCCGUGCUCAUGCUGGCCAACGCGGGGCCGCUGCGCCCCGGGGCCGACCCUUUUUAUUAUUCUCUAGGAGAAAAUUUAACGAGUAACACUGGCCAGGACUCGCUGGGCGGCGGCUUCUCUGGGCGAGAUGCCAUUCGCGGCAACCUCAGCGACUUCCACCUCUGCGCCGGGCCGGGGCCUGCGCACCUCCCCCCCACCCGCAGCCUGCUCAUCCCUUGGGACCUGCACAUCCUAGACGUUUCCCCGUCGCUACUGCCCACCGUGCCAGUGUGCCUCCUCUGCCCGGGUACGGCCCAGCCCUGCCCCACUUGGGACCCAGGACCCCAUACUGAGGCCUCUGAACCCUGUCUACAGUCACAGCCCUUCCUCUGCUGCUACUUCACAGAGACUUGCCAGCGGUUGCUGGAUACCCAGUCAUGGCCAGGCCUGGAUGUUAUCAGCUGAGUCAAUGCCUUGGCCAAUGUCACUAUGCUGUCCCCUAACCCCUUCUCUGAAGACCAUUGGCCCCUGACUCUGGCCGAGGCCUCUCGCUUCCUGGGCAUCCAGGAGAGGGUCCUGGCAAAGGAGGCCCCUCCACUGGGGCCGUCUGCCCUACUGGCUGUCGUGCACUUCCUGAAGAAGGUGACAGGCCUUGGGGCUGCAGAACUGGAGCCAUUAACACGGGGCACCUGGGCCACCACUGGCUGCUCUGGCCGCCUGCUUCUGCAACACAGCACCCACUUCGCCAUCGUGUUACUGGUGUCUGACAUCCAGCGGAACCCUGAGGAGGAUUCACUGCUGAGGACCCUGUCUUUUGUGGGCUGUGGUGUGUCCUAUGCCCCCACGAUGCUCUUCCUGGCAGCCGGGGUCCCCAAGUCAGAGCAAGUCAUAGUCCACAAGCACCUCACCUUUUCCCUCGCCUCUGCAGAGGGCGUCCUCGUGGCCAGCGAGUGGGCAAGGGCCAACACAGUGGCAUGCGUGGCUGUAGUAACAAUGCAUCUCCUCUUCUUGGUCGCCUUCUGCAUGCUGGUGGAGGUGCUACUGUGGAGCACGGUGGUGGCUUUGAGCAUGCUCCCUGGGCUGAGUAUGCGGCUCUACUAUGCCCUGGACUGGGGUGUGCCUGUGGCCAUCACCCUGGCCAUGUCCCCCAUGACUACGGGCCGCUGGGUGUUGCUGGCUCAAUGGUCGGGCGUCCUGGCACCCCUCAGCCCAGCGGGGGCCUGGGUCACUGUGGGCCUCAAUACCUUCCACGUUCUUGCAGGCCCUGCACUAGCAGGCUGCUUGCGGGAGUCGCACUUCUUUGUCUCUGCCUCUGCAUUUUCUCUGCGACACUCUGCCUCCCUGCCUCUCUCUGCUGACCCCUCCUCCAAGGGGAUGUUUGCCAGCACGGGGCCCAGCUGCUCUCCUCCUUGA